AUGGUGACAAUUCGACCCACCAACAGCGCGUUAACAGAAGAAGAAGGGGAUGGACUGUACUUGUUGGCCUUGACUUUCGCAGAGGGUAAAUCUUCGCAUGCGUUGUCAAGAUUUGACUUAGGUGCUGUUGUGGCAGGUUGCCCACAAAAAAUCUUUGAUUACACUCCAACAGCCUGUUCUAAAGAAGAAACAAUCACCGAAGAAGCAUCUGGAAGUUCAAGACCAGUACUGAAAGCUACCACAAUGAAAGCCGGACCCAGGACCCAGUAAGGAGCCUUCUAAAAAAAAAGGAAAACGAGGAUUAGUGGAAACCGAUGAAACACGGGAUUUAUCAAUAACAGAGCUCCAACGUCUCAUUUUACUUUAACAACUACAAGUGUUUUGGCUAGCUAAGGAACUGCUACUUCACAAGGAAAAUAUUAAUGAAUCUGAUCCAAAUUUAUCAACUUUAAAUGAAUGUGCAGAAACUGGAAAUCCAAUUUUCAUGAACCUAUUUCCAGGACAGAACUGACAGAUAUACU